AAAGCAACAAUGUGGAUAAAAUCAUAACGUGCCAAAGAAUACAUAUGGAUCAAUAUAUAUAGGGAUUAAGGAACCACAAUUUGUUCAUAUAAAGAUAUUAAACACAUACAUAAGUAUUUGAGAAUGAUGAGUAUUGCAAGCAUGGGGAGCAACGGCCGGCCUUCGACAGAUGAAGGUGACGAAUGUGAGGCUACGAAGACUGCGAUCUCGUCAUAUCUAGAGAGAGAAGAAGAGAUAGAGAGGAAGAAAAUGGAAGUGAAAGAAAGGGUCGAGUCUCAACUCAACCGUGCCGAGGAGGAAACCAGACGGUUAGCUCAAGUUUGGGAGGAAUUAGAAGUGUUGACUGAUCCAAUGAGAAAGGAAGUUGGAGCUGUGCGCAAGAAAAUUGACUUGGCCAACCGCGACCUUAAAUCUCUUGCCCAAAUCUGCAACAAGAAAGAGAAAGAAUACAAAGAAGCAAUGGAGACUUUCAAAGAAAAGAACAAUGAAAAAGCUCAAUUAACCAAUACCCUUGUGGAGUUGGUGAGUCAAAGUGAGAAAAUCAGAAUGAGGAAAUUGGAAGAACUCAGCAAGAUUGUCAGCUCAAACACUUAAAACAGAAUGUAAAUCAAUAUUAAUGUUCGCUAAUCAAGUAUCUAAAUCUAAUUUGUUUAAUAAUGUCCUUUUAUCACCCAAUGUCCAUAAUAUCACUUGACCUUUUGCAAUUUUAUAAAUUAGUUGUAAAACCAUGAAUUUAACAUUUGCCUAAUGAAAUAUUUUAAUUUUCUUUGUAA